AUGGGGUUAGUGUCCCCCGGGGACCCCAGAGCCCUGAGCCACCUGCUGCUCCUGUUGCUGCUGCUGGAGGAGUCGCGGGGGUUCCCCCCUGCUCUCUUGGCCGCUCUCUGCAUCCUCUGCUCACAUGGAGCCCCAGUGUCCCCCAUGGGUGCUCACCUGAUGCUGUGCCAGCAACACGUGACCUGUGGGGACAAGUUCUACCACGACCUGCAGCACUGUUGCUGUGAUGACUCUGUGGUGCCCUUGGGCAGGACCCGGAAGUGUGGCAACUGCACCUUCAGGGUCUGCUUCGAGCAGUGCUGCCCCCGGUCGCUUAGACCCCAGGAGUCCUUCCUGGUGAAGCUGAAAGGCCAGAGUUGUUCCUUCGCCCCAUCCUCGGAUGACAGGGUUUGUCGCAGUGUCAGCUGA